CUAAAGAGAAUCGCCAGGGACCUCGAGUUGACAAGAUUGUCGGGUCAGUGACGAAAGAAAUCCAAGCAUUGCAAAAGGCACUCGAGAAGCUUGCAUGCGGGAGAUAUCAGUAAAGGCGAUUGAAAUGGCAGCAGAGGCUGAGAAGACGGAAGAGAGGCUAUUCUAAGCACGCAGCAAAGGAAGAAGUAACCCAACCAAGUCUGGAGGUUCUUUCGUCCUUGCUCCUGCAGUGCCUGGACGUGGAAGUCGCUCGCCACGUUCACUCCCACAUCUCCAAUCACGGGCUGGAAGCGUCGCUAGCGGACCAGCUCGUGGCGACGUACGUGAGGCUUGGAUGUUUGAGUGAAGCUCACCAAGUACUUAACAGGAACUCUUGCUCGGGGCUGGGGACAUGGAGUGGGAUCAUCACGGGGUAUGUCCAGAAUGGGCAGCGGGCAGCGGCAUUUUUUCUCUUCCGGAAAAUGCAGCAGGACGGCAUCGCUCCCAACAAGUUCGUGCUGGUGAGAGUCUUGAGCAGUGGUUGCUCGAGCCUCGCACAGGGAAAGCUGGCUCACGCGUGUUUAUCAGAGGCAACGAGUGGCUCCGACCGUGUUGCUGGAAACGCAGCGAUCAACAUGUAUGGGAAGUUUGGGUGCGUGGAAUCGGCAAAGGCAGUGUUUGACAGAGUUUUGGAGCGGGAUAUCAUCACCUGGACGUUGAUGGUCUCUGCGUAUGCCCAAAACGGGCAUACCCGAGAGGCAUUUCAAGUCUUUGGGAAGAUGCUGGUGGAGGGGGUGGUGCCAAACAAGGUGACUUUUCUGGCUAUACUCAACGCUUGCUCGAGCUCGUCACAGGCUGGUUUUGUCCAUCGGUUGCUCUUUGAGAGCGGGUUCCAGUUCACCGCCAUGGUAGAGUCCUCUCUCGUGGACGCGUAUGGCAAAUGCAAGAACGUCAGUGCUGCAAGGGCAGUGUUUAGCUCGAUGACGGACAAGACCAACGUGGUGACUUGGAACGCUUUCAUCAGAGCUUUGGCCAGCAGCAGAGAUGCGAGUGGAGCUCUUCAAACGUUUCGAAGCUUGCUGCUCCAAGGCUUGGUUCCCGACACGGUUACAUUCAUCAAUGCCAGCCAGGGAGCGAAAACUCCUCCGGAAGCAAAGUACCUCGAAACUUGCCGCCAGGAGAGUGGGGUUCAACUGGACAUAGCUCUCGGCAACGCUCUCAUCAACAUGUUUGGCGGCAGCAGCCAGGCUUGCGAAGCUCGGAGAGUUUUCGAUGCGACUCACAACAAGAACAUCGUCUCCUGGAACGCGAUGCUGUCGGCUUACUCUCAGAACGGACACUUCGAAGAGACGAUCGCACUCUUCAAACAGAUGGCCUCGACCAAGACGGUGAAGCCCGAUAAGCUUACGUUCGCGUCGGUUCUAAGCUCGUGUGCGAACCUCGAGAACCUCCGGGAAGGAAAGCUAGCGCACGCAGCAGCAGUGGAAGCUGGCCUGGAGUUCGCAGUGCCCGUAGCUGCGACGCUCAUCCAGAUGUACUCCAAGUGCCACUGCCUCGAAGAAGCCAGGGACAUUUUCAGCCGGAGUCCAUCCUCGGACGUGGUAGCGUGGACUGUGAUGAUCUCGGCCUAUGCUCAAAACGGUCGACCCCAGGAAGCCAUCGCUCUCUUCUUCCGCAUGACAGUGCCUCCAGAUGGCGUGGCCUUCGCCACCGCCCUGGGAGCCUGUGCGAGUGCCGAGAACUUGGAGGCCGGAAGAGUGGUCCGAGCACAGAUCGUGGAGCUUGGGCUGGACGCUGAGAGGGCGGUGGCCAACGCGGUGCUGGACCUCUACGGCAAGUGUGCCGAGAUCGUCGAGACAGCGGAGAUCUUCGGCAGGAUGAGGCAGCGAGACAGAGUUUCGUGGAACACUAUGGUGGCGGCGUAUGCCCGAGCCGGGCAUACCGCCGGGAGCCUGUGGUGCUUCCGGGCGAUGCAGCUGGAGGGCGUUUGUCCGAGCGAGGUGAGCUUGGUGAGCGUGCUCUCGACAUACAGCCACGCGGGUCUCGUCGAGCAGGGCUGCCAGUGCUUCGCCUCCAUCGCGAGCGACUAUGGGAUGGUUCCAUCGCGCGAGCAGCAGGGGUGUGUGGUGGAUCUCCUGGGCCGAGCGGGGUCGUGGAUUGCGGAGGAUUUGAUCCGGGUGGUGGCUCCAUCCACGUCGAGCUCCGAGCUGUGGAAGGCGGUGUUGAGCGCUUGCAGGAUCCACUCGGACGUGGAGCUGGGCGAGUGUGCGGCUGCUUGUGUUCUGGAGAUGGAUCCUGGCAGUGACUCCGCUCAUAUCAUCUUGUCCAGCAUCUAUGCUAUGGAUCAUCCAACUUAGAUGGAGUUUCUUGAGUGUGAUCCUCGAAAACCAUGCAGAGAAACUUCUCUUGAGGACUUUUCCAUAGCCUGUUGACAUUGUGACAAGGAUAUAGUCUGAAAGGAUUCUAAGCUUGCGAAGAAACCAUGCGGUGGCAAAGAAGGACAUGAUCUUGGUUCCUGCGACGACUUCCUUGGUAUGAUUUCGCAAUGUCUGGCGGUAUCGAAGGUUUAGCCGAGAAUCCCGAGCGGUUUCUUUUCUGGUGAUGCAUCCGCGGAAGACUUCGGCGAGUGGAUAAGCACGGAAAAUUGUACAAAAGUCUGGACAGAAUGGUGGCGUGCCAGCGACUUGAAAAUGGUCGCGUUUUUUUUUGACAAGUCAUGUGGCGAGUUUGGUGGGAAGACCAGCAUGAUUAAAGUCUUUGUCGGAAGCUCCGGAUCAUCUCAUCACAAUCACAAGCUUUUCUCGAGAUGGAUCGCCGAUUUAGAGGUUUGCUUUGCUCUAUGAUGAGGCGAUUUGGAGUGAUGUUCCUGGUGCUCUUGGCGCUGGCGGCGGUGGCCACGGAGGUGGAGGCGCAGCAGCAGUGCUUCAGCGAGCGUGCAUGCUUGCCGGGAGGAUUGGACUGCGAUACCUACUGCAAGUCUUGCCAUUUCUUCCAAGCGGGCCAGCGAUGCGUCAAGUGCAAGGGCGGGAGCUGCGAUAUCUUCUUAAGGUGCAUCUGUGAUGCACCGUGCAGCUUCUCAAACUGCCCAAUGCUCUCAGGCUGGAAAACAGCCUGACUCUGUUGCUUGCUUCUCGCAAGGUGUGUUCUAUCCAUGAAAUAAAAGUGUCAGCUUAUGUUAA